UUGGCCCGGAUUCUGGUAGUGCCACCAAUCCCACCCGACCGCACACACAGCGGCCAGCGAGAGAAAGACGCUAACAUGGCUGAAGCGGAGGCAAGCGAAGCAACUUCUGUUGGAAUUUUUCAGGAGAUCUUCACGUCUCCUCUGAAUUUGACCCUGCUCAGUCUCUGUCUGUUCCUGCUGUACAAAAUCUUCCGCGGGGAUAAGACGCCGGAGCUCGCGGAGGUGGAUAAACCCCUGCCCAAACUGAAAAAGAGAGAUUUUACCCUUGCAGAUUUGAAACCAUACGAUGGUCUGCAAAAUCCACGGAUCCUAAUGGCAGUCAACGGAAAAGUAUUUGACGUGACUAGAGGCAAGAAGUUUUAUGGACCAGAGGGCCCGUACGGGGUGUUUGCCGGAAAAGAUGCGUCCAGAGGUCUGGCAACUUUCUGCCUGGAGAAGGAGGCCCUGAAAGAUGAGUACGAUGACCUGUCAGACCUGAACGUCAUGCAGCAGGAGAGUCUGACCGAGUGGGAGACCCAGUUCACCUUCAAGUAUGACUACAUCGGCAAACUUCUGAAACCAGGGGAGGAGCCCACAGAGUACACCGAUGACGAGGAGGCAAAAGACAAGAAGACCGACUAG